AUUUAUUUUAAUUUGUCCAUACAUUUCCUUAAUAAAUAAAUCACAAAUUUUAACGUUUUUUCUGAACUGUUUAAUGAGGUGUCUAUAUUCAUAAUUUUAGGAUUUGUUUGAAAUUCUGUUUAGGGUGACAAUUUAAAGGAGAGCACCAUGAAAGGGUUAAUGAGGUUUAAGGUUGAGUUCUCAGGGUGAGAGCUGUGCCUGUGUGUGUGCUUCCCAACACGCUGAUGUGUGUUGAUUACUUGACCAAUCAGAGGUCGAGGAGCGAGGUGAAGAGUUCAGGCUUGUUAAGACCUGCCUGGACACCUGCGUCUCUCCCCUCCUUCAGCUCGUCUCCGAUAUUCAGCAUUUAACAUGGACAGAUUUAAGAGAAGACUUCGAAAUUUAAGGAAUCACCACCAAAAGUGCGAAGAGAGAUUUGAAAAUGCUCGGGCCAAAAAGGACCACUGCCCCUCAUCAAGUGAACAUACACCUGUCAAAGAGAGGCGUGGUGAUGAACCUGAUAAAGCCUGCUAUCCCCCACCAACACCAUCACCAUCCGUAGAAGAUGAGGAGUCUCUGUUAUCCAGCUACAGUGGAUCUGAUGCAGACUACAAACCAUCAUCACCAUCAUCCAGUGAGGAUGAGGUCCUUGCACAAGAGUCAGAGUCCUCCUGCCACAGUGCACCUGAGAAUCACCACAGUCACUCAUCCAGUGAAACUAGUAUCUGGAAGGCUAAGGACCAGAAGGCCAAAGGAGCAACUGAAACCUGGAUAGGCCACUGCUUGAUGACGUGUGAUGGUAAAGCUGAGAAGAAGGCAAAAAAGUUCAAGGAACUGCUGGAUACCUCCUGGUCCACUUACGUGUCGACUAAUGCUCACAGCACAAUUGAGCAACGCAAGUGGGGCAAAGAAGACAGUGUACCUCUGACAGAGGACAUAGUCACCCUCCAGAACUACCUGAGGAAAGCUGAGAACGAGGCAAUGGCAGAGUUAAGAGAGCGUGUGAGUACUACAGCGUACAAAAAAUUAAGUGAGAGCCUUCUUGCACAAAUCGUUUUCAAUAAGAAACGGGAAGGAGAGGCAUCACGUUUAACCCUUGAGACCUAUCUUAACACAAACACUGGCCAAAUGAACAAAGACAUAUAUGAGACCUUAUCUCCCGUGGAAAAACAAUUGAGCCAGAGACUGACACAUUUGGUGACACGUGGGAAGAGAGGGAGAAAGGUUCCCAUCCUACUUCUGGAGCGCACCAAAGCUUCUCUUGACUUCCUCAUUAAAAAACGGAGGGAAGUUGGCAUACUUGAGGAGAACCCGUUUCUGUUUGCAAGGCUUGGCACAACUACCAAUCUUCGUGGGUGUGACUGCCUCAGAAGAUUUGCAGAAGAGAGCAAGGCCAAAAACCCAGAACUGCUGAGAUCAACAAAAUUAAGGAAGCAAGUUGCUACCCUAUGUCAGCUUCUCAACCUCGACAGCCAGGAACUCGAGCAAGUUGCUCGAUUCAUGGGACAUGAUAUCAGGGUCCACUGCGACUAUUAUCGUCAGACAGAUAAAACAUUCCAAGUGGCCAAGAUUGGCAAACUUCUGUUUGCGAUGGAACAUGGAGCAGAGUCCCUGAAAGGGAGGACUCUACAAACACUGGACUCUGUUAUCAGUGACAAAGGACAUGCAGCCACCCCAAUCAAAGGUCUGAACAGUGUCAAUGAGAGAAGGACGUCGGAUGCAGGAAGACAACAGGAAGCUCAUGAUGAUGGAGAGGUGCCACAUUCAGCUGCAGCAAGGUCACCUGUAAAGAGACUAUGGCAGACUGCAAGAAGAAGACAUGAUGAAGAUGGUUGUGGUGCUGAUGAGGAUGAUGGGAUUAAUAACACCAUUCAAGGAUUUGAAAAUGCAGAUGGAGAGUUGCAAGAAGACACAAACACAGGGAAACGAAAGAUGACUACAGCUAAACAAAAACAUGAUGACGAUGAUUUGAGUGAUGGUCAAACUGGUCCAGACAUUGAAAAAACAGAUGAAAUGGUGUACCAGGAGAGAUGUGGAACACCACCUGUUGAGCAAAAUGAGCGAUCUACCGAGAAACGUGAUGAUGAUGGUUGGGAUGAAAAGGAUAGAAAAGGGCGUGUUAAGAGACAAAAGGAAAAUGUAAACAAACGAAAGCGUCAAGUUGAUGAUGACUGGGAUGGAGAGGAGAGACAGACUGCUGACACCAGAUCCCCUUUGAAGGGCCGAAAGAAGACUGCAGCUACAAGAGAACGUAAUAAUCUUGAUGUUCCAGAAAUGGAAGUCAAGAAACAAGGUAAGAGACCCUGGACUGACAAGGAGAGGACUGCAGUAAAACGACAACUUGCCAAGUUCAUCGCACUGAAGAAGGUUCCAGCAAAGGAAGACUGCAUGAUGUGUAUUUGCAAAGAGUCUCCAGUCCUGAGAACACGGUCGUGGAAAGACGUGAAAUAUUUUGUCUACAAUGAAAUUGUUAAAAUCAAGAAAAAGCUUGCAUUUUGCAGGAAACACCUGGCUGUUCUAUAUUGUUCAAAUCAAAAGCUGCAUUUUGAAUAGUUGCAAUAUGUUUAUAUCUUCUGCACUUUGCACAACAGUCUUGUUACUGGCGUUUUUGGUUGCCAAGACUAAGUUAUAAAUCUAAUGUCCACCAGUUGUUAUUGUUAUUUAUGGAUUGAGUCUGCCAUGUUUGUGUUUAACACUGUGGAACAGGAAUAGCUUUCAGAAAAAGAAGCAUGCACUUCUGAAGUUCACUUGAUUAAUUACUAAAUGUAUGCGCAACCACAAAAGGUCACAAUCAUAUUACAUCUUAAUCAAAUGUGAUCAACAAAUUUCCAGUUUUAACUGGCAGCUCAGCUAUCAGUUAGGACUACUAUUCUAAUUCUUUUUUACAUAGAAAAAAGCCACAGAAUUGAUAUGACUUAAAAAGAAGUUGUUUUGAAAAUUGACA